UCCAUCCAUCCAUCCAUCCAUGUCUUCCUUUCCCCAUGCCAUUCCGCCACCUCCCUUUCUUCCCCCCACUGCCUUGUUAUAACCCCGCCUUGGUAACGGCCUCAAGCUCCUCACCUCCCUCUUUCCCGAACUCCGAGGAGCAGUUGUCUGUGAUACAGAGAGACAGAGAGAGAGAGAGAGACGAAGGACGAGAGGAAAAGCCCUCCUUUUUCCUACGAAUGAAGCACUCGAAGCCACUCACCGACCCCCCACAGCAACAGCAGCAGUCCGCAGCCCAUCGCCACUUCGCUCUGGUUUCCAAACCCCUCCUUGACUCCUCUACCCACCCCGACACUAACAACAACGCCUUUGCUCCCAGUCUCUUCUACGAGCCCACCUCCGUCCUCGACGCCCACCUCAGCUCCAGCCCCGCAACCGCCCCCGCUCCGGCCGGAGCCGGCGACCUCCCCCUCCUUUCCUGGGCUGGCGGCGGCGGCAGCGACGCCCACUACCAACAUCACCACCACCUCCCCACCUCCGACGACUGGGACAGUGCCUCAUGGUUCCUUUCCGAAAGGGACUUUGCCACGGCACACGUGAUAUUGUCGCGGCUCAAUCACCACAUCCCCUCGGCCGCGGUCUCCUCCUUCCAUAGAGCCCUCUCUCUCUUCAAGGAGGCGCUCUUGGCCUUGCUCCGCCCCUCCACCGCCGAGCCCCCGCUAUCCGCCGCCGAGCUCGUACGCCAUAUCGCCGCCCACAAGGCCUUCGCGGACCUCUCCCCUGUCCCCCACUUCGGCACCUUCACCGUCACCCAGACCCUGAUCGAGGCGCUCGACGGCGGAACCCGAUCCAUCCACCUCAUUGACUUCGACCUCGGCCUCGGCGGCCAUUGGUCGUCCUUCGCGCAGGAGCUCGCGGCGCGGUGCCGCGCCUCUCGCUCCUCUCCGCCGGCCGUGCGGAUCACUGCUGUCGUCGCGGAGGAGUCCGGGGAGACAGCCCUAGCCGCGGAGAACCUCCGCGACUUCGCCCGCAGCCUCAGCAUCAGCUUCGCCGUUAACUUCGUGCGCAUUGGCGGCCUCGGGACUCUCGCCCUCAGCGGGAUCCGCCUCGCCGGCGCCGGGGAGCCGACGGCCGUCGUCCUCACGCCCUCCGUCUUCCGCAUCCUCGGCCGCGACGCCGCGCCGGAGUCCACCGCCUCCCUCCUCCGUUUCAUCCGCCGGGCUUCCCCGCGGGUGGUUUUGUUCGUCGACGCGGAGGGCGGCUCCGCUGGGUCCGCCGUCGGCCCCCACCCCGCACCAUCGCUGCGGCGGACCGUGGCGGCCGGGGUGGAGCACUUCGCGGCAGUUCUGGAGUCGGUGGAGGCGACUGCGGCGGCGACAGGGGCCGGGGAGGAGGCCGUCCGGCGGAUCGAGCGGGCGGUGGUCCGUCCGUUAGUGGUGGGCACGGUGGGGGGAUGGGCGGGGCGGCCGGGCCCGUGGCGGGAGGUGUUCGCCGGGGCGGGGUGGUCGCGCGCCCCCUUCAGCGAGUCCACCGAGUCGCAGGCCGAGUGGCUCGUCCUGCGGGCCCCCGUCGAAGGCUAUCGUGUGUCGAGGAUGGACGGGGCCCUCGUGUUGAGCUGGAGGGGGAGAGAGCUGUCCUCCACGUCAGCAUGGAGGUGCUGAAUCGGGCGGUCCCCGUCUCCGCUGCUUCCGCUGGCGUCCUCCCUGUCCUCCUCGUGUGUCGAUGGCAUGAAUUAUUAUGUUUGCCCUCUCUUGUCGUUGUACUCCUCUCGUUGUCCACUUCCAUUUGAUUUCCUUCUCCCUUAAAUAUAGCAGCUGACAUGGCUUACAAACUAGACUGCGGUGGGACCGAAUAGCCGUCCCGUAAACCUGUGAGAUGGUAUCUCAUGUGUCUCCUAGUUUUUAUUUCGGACCAGGAAAAUGUAACAGCUGACUUGUUAAUUAAUUAUGAUGAUUAGCUGCGA